GAGAGAGAGAAAGAAAGAAAGAAAGAGGGUGAUAGGCAGAGAGAGAAAGAAAGGAAGAAAGAGGGGGAUAGGCAGAGAUAGAAAGAGCGAAAGAAAGGAGUAGGUAAGAGAGAGGUGGAAGUGGAAGAGGGGGAAAUACAGAGAAUGAGAAAGGAAGUGGGAGAGAGAAAGACAGAGAGCGGUAGCGAGUGAGUGAGAGAGAGAGCGAACACACGCUCUCCCUCUUUCACACACACACACACACACACACUCAGACAGAGGGAGCGAGUGCACAGGAAGCAGCAGAGUCCAGGACCCGGAUCCAGAUCCAGGCUCUCGGUCCAGAACCCGGGUCUCGGUGGUUUUCUUUUAAGACUGAGAACCCAUUCACAGGAUCGGUGUUUUUGUCUGUACCGUGUCCGUGGUCCCGCCGUUUCCGCUGUUUGUGAAGGCGGUGUUCCCACCGUCUUUUCUCUGGAAACCCCUGGAAAUCCCUCGGAGCGAGCGUCGGUGAGGCUGGGAGCAGCAGGAGGCGCUCAGUGGAGGACUUUACUUCCCAAUUUCAGCGGGUUCUCGAGGGGUUUGUUAGCGAGGUUUCUACUCCUUUUGUGACUGAGGUGAAAUGUGAAGGAGCAGCGGAGCCUCCUGCUCCUCCUCACCCCGCGCCCCUCACUUUUCACCUACGCCUCUUUGUGUUUUUGUGCGAAAAUGCGAAGGAAACUUUUGGGUGGAUGAGGAGGAUUCCCGGAUCCUGCUGCCUGAUUCUCCUGCGGCUGGAAUUCUGCGGAGAGCAGCUGACAUGUGUGAGGGACCGUGGGACAUUUCAGGUGUAAACCAGUUUCAUCAUCGAGUCUAAACGGAUUAUUAAAGAUUAUUUAAAGCUUUGCAGAUUAUCAGAAAUCACAGGAACACCUUCCUGCAGCUGCAGCAGCCAUAGGAGACACCGACCCCUGCGUCUGCUCUGACGCCGAGCAGCGACGCCCUCAGCCCGCCGUGGACAGAGUGUGGCCUCGGUGUGGCUGCCCGGGUCAGUGUGAGCAGCAGUGUGAGGAGCAGCAGACAUGGAGGAGUGGAGACAGUGUGGACGCUGGCUCAUCGACUGUAAGGUGCUGCCACCCAACCACCGGGUAGUGUGGCCCUCAUCGGCCGUCUUUGACCUGGCCCAGGCCCUCAGGGAUGGAGUCCUGCUGUGUCAGAUGCUCCACAACCUCUCCCCUGGAUCGGUGGACCUGAAGGAGAUCAACUUCAGACCCCAGAUGUCCCAGUUCCUGUGUCUGAAGAACAUCAGGACGUUCCUCAAAGUCUGUCACGACAAGUUUGGCCUGAGGAACAGCGAACUGUUCGACCCCUUUGACCUGUUUGACGUCAGAGACUUUGGAAAGGUGAUCUCCGCUCUCUCCAGGAUUUCCCACCACAGCAUCGCUCAGAACAAAGGCAUCAGGCCCUUUCCAUCAGAGGACACAGCUCUUAACGAGGAUGACGUCUACAGGAGCCUGGAGGAGCUGGCAGAUGAACAUGACCUUGGUGAAGACGACAUCUACGACUGCGUCCCCUGCGAGGACGAUGGAGACGACAUCUACGAGGACAUUAUCAGGGUGGAAGUUCGACAACCCAUGAUCAGAUACAUGCAGAAAAUGGGAAUGACAGAAGACGACAAGAGAAACUGCUGCUUGGUGGAAAUUCAGGAGACAGAAGCCAAAUAUUACAAGACUCUAGAAGACAUUGAGAAGAACUACAUGAUUCCACUGAGACAAGUCCUGAGUCCUCAGGACAUGGAGGCCAUCUUUGUAAACCUGGAGGAUGUGAUCAAAGUCCACUUUGCCCUGUUACGAGCCAUCGACCUGAAUAUGGUGAGUGGAGGAAGUGACCUGGGGAAGAUCUUCCUGGACUUCAAGGAGAGUUUGCUGAUCUACGGUCAGUACUGCAGUCACAUGGAGAACGCUCAGAAGACACUGGACGAACUGAUGGCUACCCGAGAAGAUGUGAGGAUCAAAGUGGAGGAAUGUACGAUGAAGGUCCAGGAAGGCAAGUUUAAGCUGCAGGAUCUGCUGGUGGUUCCGAUGCAGAGGGUCCUCAAGUAUCACCUACUACUGAAGGAACUUUUGAGUCACUCCACUGAUCGACCAGAGAGACAGCAGCUGAAGGAGGCACUGGAGGCCAUGCAGGAUCUGGCCAUGUACAUCAACGAGGUGAAGAGAGACAAUGAGACCCUGAAGAAAAUCAGUGAAUUUCAGAGUUCUAUUGAAAACCUGACCUGUGCUUCUGAACCUAAGCAGCAGGUGAGACUGGAGGAGUACGGCCGACCCAAGAUCGACGGAGAACUGAAGGUCUGCUCCAUCCUCAACAGAACCAAACAGGACCGGUACAUUUUCCUCUUCGAUAAAGUGGUGAUCGUUUGUAAGAGGAAAGGAUACAGCUACGAGCUGAAGGAGAUCAUCGAACUGCAGUCCUACAAGAUGUCUGACGAUCCCAUGAACAACAGGGACAUGAAGAAGUCCAGUGGAAAAAUGUGGUCGUACGGUUUCUACCUGAUCCACCUGCAGGGGAAACAGGGCUUUCAGUUCUUUUGUAAAACUGAGGACACCAAGAGAAAGUGGAUGGAGCAGUUUGAAAUGGCAAUCUCCAACAUCAAACCAGAGAGAGCGACGGCCAAUCAGCACAACUUCCAGAUGCACACCUUCGAUAAGAACACCAACUGUCGAGCCUGUAAGAUGCUGCUGAGGGGCAUCUUCUACCAGGGUUACUUCUGCGCUCGCUGUGGAACAGGAGCUCAUAAAGAAUGUCUGGAAGUCAUCACCAUCUGUAAAAUCAAUCCUCAUGACCUGGAGCCUGGUUUGUCUGCAGGCCCGAGGAUGGUGGCAGUGAGGAAUUAUCACGGAACACCGACACCGCCGGGUAAAACACCGCUGUGUUUCCAAACAGGGGACUUUAUCGAGCUGCUGAAGGGAGACCCCGACACCUCCUGGUGGGAGGGGAAACUGAUCCAGACUCUGAAGACGGGCUUCUUUCCCAGCUCCUGUGUUAAACCUUAUUUGGACCCAAAGCCGUUCCAGUCAUUAUCCAGCCGACAGUCCUCCCGGGAAACAGACUACUACGGAUAUCCUUGGUUCGCUGGGAACAUGGAGCGACAGCAGGCAGAUAACCUGCUGAAAUCCCACAGCAGUGGAACCUAUCUGAUCAGAGAGAGAACGGCCGAGGCUGAGAGGUUCGCCAUCAGCAUCAAGUUCAACGACGAGGUGAAGCACAUUAAAGUGAUAGAGAAAGACAGUUGGAUCCACAUCACCGAGGCCAAGAAGUUUGAGAGUCUGCUGGAGCUGGUAGAAUAUUAUCAGAUCCACUCUCUAAAGGAGAGCUUCAAACUGCUGGACACCACACUGAGGUAUCCAUACAAGUCCAGAGAACGGUCUCUGACUCGGACCAGUACACGGUCUCCAGCAGCCUCCUCCUGCGCCUCCUACAACUUCUCCUUCCUCAGUCCACAAGGCCUGAACUUCUCCUCCUCUCCCAGCUCAGCUCCUUUUUGGUCAGUGUUCACUCCUCGGGUGGUCAGUACCGCUGUGGCUCGGUACAACUUUGCAGCCAGAGACAUGAGGGAACUGUCCCUGCGAGAAGGCGACGUGGUGAAGAUCUACAGUAAGAUCGGAGGAGACCAGGGCUGGUGGAAGGGGGAGACCAAUGGACGAAUCGGAUGGUUUCCUUCCACCUACGUGGAUGAAGAAGGAGUUCAGUGAAGCUGCAGAUCUUCUCAGCUCCUCUAUCAGAAACCUCCUUCUACCUGCUGUUCUCAGAGAAAACAACUCCUCCAGGAACCAUGAGGAGAAACCAAACUUUCUUUCCUUGUUGCUGAGGGAGUUUUUAAUGAUGCAUCAGAGUUGUUUUUGUUUCUGUCCUGGUUCUUUUGGGUUUUUCUUGCCUUCACUGAAGUGAAGCUGCAGCAGAAAAACAACCAAAGCUUUACCUUUACUGCAGAAGAAAACCCCAAAUGCUCCUCCUGUGGUUUGAUGCAGGUGGUGAAAUAAUUGUACAGUACAGAUAAUUUAUUGAACAGAGAAUAUUAUCAUGAGGAUUGAUUAUUGUGGGGAACUGGAUUUUAGCCUUGAAAAUCAAAUCGAAAAAAAAGGACAAAAAUUUAGAGUGAGGUUUUUUUUGCCUUAGUUGCCAUGGUGACACCUUAUAGGCUCACACCAUUGUUGGUUGGGAAUCAAACACACACACACAUACAGUCAGAGGGGACGACCCAUGUACAGUUCUGUGCCUUUUGAAGCGGAUCGUUGUUUUUGUCCAGAACCUUGACGUCAGUCCCAGUGUUUUUGGACUCACAGAUGAGACACUGGACAUGGUGAAGACAGAGGAGACAGCCAUGACAGAGGAGACAGUGAGGACAUUUGGGACAUUGAGGACAAAGACUGGUCUGCAACAUAAUUUCUGAGCAUCAGACAGAAGAUGCUGAAGUGUUCCAGACAUUUCUCAGAAGCCGUUUUUACUCAAGUCAAUUUUCUAACAGCAACACAAACAACAUGAUGACUUGGGCUGUCACUCUUUUCAAAGUAUGAAUAAUGUUGGUUUUUUGUUUAGUGAGAACAAGGUGAUUUGAAUUUGAAGCACAUUUGAAUUUUUUUAAUCUUAUUGGCCGAUCACAAAAGUCUUAGUCUUAAAAUUAUUUUGAUCUUUUUUGAUAAAAGUGACAGCAUCAAAGUCCACAGUGAUGUCAGUGACCACAGACUAAUGUGAACUCCCCUUUGACCUAACAUCACUGAUUUUUUUUCUAUGUACUUUGGUCUGUGAGCUUCAGUCACUGUUUUUCGUAAUGUAAUUCGUCAUGGGAGAGUGAGUUGUUUAAGUUUUAAAAAUGUCCAAUAAUUGGAUACAUGACACCUAUGACAAGAUGACAAUAUCAGUUUCCCAUACCAAAGUCCACAGUAAAAAUCAGUGAUUUUAGCUCAUAGAGGUUGGCGCAGGUAUUGAUCAACUGCUGCCUCAAUCACUAACUUCUAAUGUUAUUUGGAGAACUCAAAUUGCUUAGUUCAGGUUUACUUCAGUGACACUAACUGACCACUUGAGGCAGCAGUGGACAGUAAAGUCUGUGAGCUAAAAUCACUAAUUUUCUUUAUGGACUUUGGUCUGAGCUAAAAUCACUGAUUUUCUCUAUGGACUUUGGUCUGAGCUAAAAUCACUGAUUUUCUCUAUGGACUUUGGUCUGUGAGCUAAAAUCACUGAUUUUCUCUCGGACCACAGUCUCUGUACUGGUAAUGUGCUCGGUGAUUAGAGAUGCAUUCUGUAAUAACAAAGGGAAGCAUCAGCAAAUUCUCUACUCUGUCUUAUUCAGCUGUUGGAAACCGUCUUGUUCUAAUGUUUGUUUUUUUGCACAGAGCCGAUGUGAUUAAUUGUUAGUUGUAAGAACUGGAUCAUUUAUUGCUUGUGUUUUUUUAAUUAUUUAAUGCCAAUCUCAGCCAUGAUUGAACUCGUACUCUGCCUUAUUUUUUUACAGGUAAUUUUGCAGAUGAUGAGAUGAUUCUUUUACUUUAUUAUUAGUAAAAUCUACACAGGUGUCAAACCCGGUAUUUUGGUGCUUAUUAUAAAAAAAUUAAGAGUAAUAGAGGAGGAAAAAGAAAAAUGGAGGUUUCAUCUGAAGGAGAAAACGAUCAUGACAUAAGUUCACAGAAGGAACCUUUAAUCCUACCUGGAUUUAUUUUUACUUUUCUGUCUGAAGUGUUCAGUGUGUCCAUUUACUUCCAGUCUGAGGGUUGUGUUUGGGUCCUUUUUACUUUAGUGCUACAGGUUUAAAUAAUUUCCCUUUAGUAAUAAUUAUGACUGAAAUGUAGAAAAAUUAUUUGUAAGUGUAAGAAAUAAUAACAACACUAGUGGGCGCUCUACUCUGGUGUUUGUUGAGAUAAUAUUCAAUAUUUCUUUGGUUGAUGAAAAUUUUAUUAAAUCUCAUCUCGUGAUGACAUCAGAAACUUUGCCCAAACACUAAAUUCAAAUUUGAAUUUUUCAAAAUAUGCCAUCAUCAUAGAACAGAAUUAACUUAAAAUAAUUUCACUUUAUGAACUCAAUGUCUGAUUCGUCUUCUGUUUUAUUUAUUUUAAUUUGUUUGUUUCACUGGUCUCUUCCUCUAUCUCUUUGACCUUUGACCUUUGACUCAAAUUGAGUACCAUUGGUCUGAGUGUGAAGUACUGUGCACUCACUGAACACUUCAGCUCUUCUCACACUGUCACAUGUUCCACUGGAGGUUUCGUCUUUAUUUUCCAAACUCUUCACUGUCAACGCGUGAGCUUUUUUAUUCACAAUCAUUCUGAAAAAAGUCAAGAAAAGGGACUGGGAGGGAUAAUGGGGUGGGCGGGGCCUGUUCGCUGUUGAUGUAGUGGACUUUAAACCCAUUGCAUGUAGCUGUUGAUAUGUCGACUUCCUGUAUGUACAUCCUCAGAGAAAACUUCAUUGUGUACAUUUUUUAUUUUAAAAAUAUUUCCAGAUGAGGUCUAUCAUGAAAUAAAUAUUUCUCUUUUGUUUUAAAA